AUGAGGCCUAUUCUUUUGGCAGGUCACGAGCGUGCGCUCACUCAGAUCAAGUACAACUCAGACGGCGACCUUAUCUUCUCGACCUCCAAGGAUCAGCAGAUUUGCGUUUGGUACGCACACAACGGCGAGCGUCUGGGAACCUACCACGGCCACGUCGGUGCCAUCUGGACCGUCGACGUCGACCCCACCAGCACCAUGAUCGCUUCCGGUUCCGCCGACAACACGAUGAGACUGUGGGAUAUCAAGACGGGCAAGAACCUCAAGACCUGGGAGUUCCCCACCGCCGUCAAGCGCGUCGAGUUCAACGAGGAUGGUACCAAGCUGCUCGGUGUUACGGAGAAGCGCAUGGGUUUCCUUAGCAACAUCAUCGUCUACGACAUCAACCCCGACCCUGAGGCCGAGCAGACCGACGAGCGCGCCUUGACCAUCGUGUGCGACGAGAGCAAGGCCACCGUCGCCGGCUUCAGCUACCUCACCAAGUACAUCAUCGCCGGCCACGAGGACGGCUCCGUCUCCCAGUAUGAUGCCAAGAACGGUGACCUGAUCUACAACGAGCCCGUACACGAGCUCAACACGCCCAUUACGGAUCUCCAGUGGUCGCAGGACAGAACCUACUUCAUCACCGCUAGCAAGGAUAAGACAUCCAAGCUCAUCACCGCCAAGGACCUCGAGGUCCUCAAGACCUACGUCGCCGAUACUCCCCUCAACAGCGCCACCAUCACGCCCAAGAAGGACUUUGUUAUCCUUGGAGGUGGCCAGGCCGCCAUGGAUGUCACCCGUACCUCGGCAAGACAAGGAAAGUUCGAGGCCAGAUUCUACCACAAGAUCUUCGAAGAGGAGGUUGGCAGAGUCCGUGGUCACUUCGGCCCCCUGAACACCGUCGCCGCAGACCCCACCGGCAAGGGCUACGCAUCCGGAGGAGAGGACGGUUACGUCCGUGUCCACCAGUUCGACAAGGGCUACUUCGACUUCAUGUACGAGGUCGAGCGGGAACGGAAGAACAGACAGGAGAACUAG